AUGGAUGAACGGCCAAGUGCAGGCGCCGGCCGGAGGGGUAGAGGUCGAAGUGGAGGCUAUGGACGUAAACCGAGCAGCAGUGGCGUGGCCUAUCGACGUGUGCAGGUCUCAGUGGACGAAUCAGUAGGAGACGCAGGCUCAGCUAGCAGCACUGAGAAGAGCAGCUGUCGUUCGGUACAGAUAGUCGAUGACUCUGCUACCAAAGAGGUUGAGGGACCGCCGGUUCCUUUAUUCAAGUCUUCGUUGAGGCCUUCGGUGGAGAUCACGUCAGCUCCAGCUAAAAAAACUGAACGCUUUGUUCGUGUGAAGAGUCACGGAUCUGUUCCGAACCGAGAACGCAGCAGUGAGCAGCCAAAAAGCCUCACACCAAAGAAAAAUGACGUGCAGGUGCCGAUGAAGGGACGUGCACAGAGUAGUUUGCGGUGUACCACAUCCCCCAAGAAGGAAACGAGACCGUUUAUUAGCAGCUUGGUACAGUCAAUGGAUCAUGGAAGGGAUCGCGGAGCAAGGACGAAAAGAGGUGAGAGGAGUGGAAGAGAUGUGCAGGGCCCGUCACGGCGUCGCUCGAUUAGUCGAGAGCCAAGACAAAGCCUGGGAAAUGGAAACGGGUCGUAUCGGGGUGAGACUUUUGGAUCUAAUAAACGCUCAUUUUCGAGACCGCGGUUAUCCAGAAAAAGCAGCGUAGAUAGCGUAUCGUCAGUGCGUUCGGACCGCAGCGAUAUAAGCCAUCGCAGCGAGCGUUACAACGAGGUAAACCGCUCGAGUAAUGAUGGGCCGCAACCUAAUCGCCGAUUGUCGGGUGGGUUGGGUGGAAAAGCGCCAUUUCGAACGGCGCCAGUUGGGACGUCUUCCGUUACGUAUGGCGUGCGAGAUGUCCGUUAUCAAAAAGAACGCCCUGCGUCCGAGUCUUUGUCUGGUAGGCCAGCCCUGGACAAGCUAUCAGGUCAGUCAUCGCUCGAUGGAAGCGCCUGCUCAUUGCGUAGGGUGAUAUCAGGUGCUCCGGCAGGACUACUGGCUGAUAGAGGUGACUCCAGUAGUGGCCGGCCUUCAACUUUACAGCCGUCACCGUCAGCGCCCCAACUCGCCGAUGUCGAAGAAUCCGUCUCACCGAAGCCAAACGAAUUAUCUGCUGCUACCAAAAUAACGAACACGUCAGCAAUAAAGCCUGCCAUCCCAGUUCUCGGUGAAGCCGAGCGAAAACAUCUUGUUGAUACUCUGCGAGAGCGAAUGAAAUCGCGGAAGCUAGAACGCGGCGACAGUUUGGCUCAAAUGAUGAAGGCGCCGCUUAGUUGUAAGGGUUCAACGGAGAAGGGGGCGCAAAGAAGUCCAGUCGGUGCAAAAAAAGAGGAUGAAAAUGAAGGAUCUUCGAGGCUCGUUGACAAAAGUAAGGAUGCAAGAACGCGCGAGUAUUAUGCUAAGCUUGACAAGGAGAACAUGGAGCGGGAAUCUUUGCGACGUGCGACGUCAUUCAAGUCGUCGUUGGGGUCGUCCGGUUCGACGAAAGCACAGCCUUUGCCCACUUCACAUACAGAGGCUGCCCCUCGCCGAAGGCUUUCGUCUUAUCCGUCAGCGCCAGUGCAAACCGGGCCAGUCCGACCUCCUACGCCAUCAUUGGCAGCAGGUCGGGCCCUAAUGCAGCCAACUGUUUCACGAACUAAAAAGCUGCAGUAUUCUCUUGCCGAGCUAAGAAGACUUAUGGCGUUUGCAAUCCCCAAACCGAGUGGUCUUCCCGAUAUGAAAAUUAUGGAGCUGGUACAGCUUCGUGACCCACGCUCCGUACCUAAACGGUCAUCUGGACGCCUUGGAGUGGGGUAUGGAAUUGGACGAUCUAUUGGGAGUAGUAUCCGAAAGAGUGACCGUCUAGAUGUUCGGUCUGGUGUGCGUGGAUCAAAACCCCCUGUGAGUGUGAGAGACGGGAGACGUGACAGGCAAAUUCGUGGUGGUCGUGGGGGUGGUCGCGGUGGUCGCACGGGAGGUGGUCGUGGCAACCAUGGCCGCCCGCCUCCGCCUCCGUUGUACGAUGGCCCCAUUGAGCCGCUUACUGUUUCCGAGAACCGAUGGAAACCGACAAAGGAAAAGGACGUUUCCGGUCUUGAGAAAACGCUAAAUGACAUCAAAAGUCUGCUGAACAAGCUCACAAGGGAAAAGUUUACGAAGCUGACGAAUAAGCUUUGCGCAAUCGAUAUUGACAGCUUUAUCCUGUUGAGCUCAAUCGUCUCGAUAAUUAUGGACAAAGCUCUGGAGGAGCCUGGGUUUGCGGACGUGUAUUCGGACCUGUGCAAGGAAUUUCAUACGCGAACGAUUAAAACAACGUGGAGCUUUUUGAAAGUGCUAAGUGACGACAAGGGAGCGUUUUAUUGGACGGCAAUCGAUAAGACGACAUUUAAAUCGUUUGUCGGUCCGUUUAACAGCCCACGUAGCUGUCUCGAGAGUAUCGGAGUAGGUGGAAGUGCAGCUCCCGUGACAUGCGAGUGUGCGUCUAUCUUGUCCGUGCAAUAUUAUUAUUACGGUGAGUACUUGGUUGUAGUAGGCGAAAAGGAGCCCGGUGCGUUUUAUUUCUCAACACGAGAGGUCAGCGGUAUCAAGGACGACGAACCCUUUGGAGGACCGUUUGAGACGGUGGACCUCGCACGCCACGCGGCUGCGUAUCAGACCAGCUUUAAAUGUCUACUUGUAAACCGCUGCCAAGUCGAAUUCGAGAAGACCAAUAAGCAUGUCGGUUUACAAGAAGAGAAGCAGGAAGGAGAGGAGAUUGACCCUCGGCGACGUGAAGUUCUUGCAAUGCGCGCUAAAGCGAAGAUGCUAGGCAACAUCCGGUUUAUUGGUGAGCUCUACAAGGUUGACCUGAUCAAACAGAAGGGCGUAGAAGGAUGCAUUUUCUACUUGUUGGGAUUAGAGCUGUUGCCGGGAGUGGGGGCUCAAGAAGGUCAAGCUCAAGUAGUUCGCUUUCCCGACGAGGUCGAUUUGGAGGCACUCUGCAAAAUUCUGGCUACAGCAGGCAAAAAGUUUGACCAGCCCGAUACAAAGACAAUUAUGCAAAUAAUAAUUCUGCGCAUGGUGGAGCUGUCCAACGAUACGAAGUUACCCUCUCGAGCACGGUUUCUGGUUAAGGAUAUCCUGGAAACGAGAGACCAUAUGUGGGAGCCCCGUCGCAAAGAGAUGCAACAGAAAACCUUGGAAGAAGUCCGAAGAGAGGCACAGAAGCUCCAGCAGCAAGGGAAAAACGCUCAACACGAUGACGUGCAACGGCGCCGUCUUAAGACCCGGGUCUCCAGUGCGCAGCUCGCAAAGCAAAGCAGCAAUCUCAUUGUGGCUAAACAACAAGAGCCGGAUAAGGCUGAAGCGUCGGAGGCCGACAAAGCGAAAGAGUUGUCUCCUGCACAAUUGUCGACGCGGAUCAAAAGUAUCAUUAACGAGUACAUCUCCAUCUUGGAUGUCGAUGAAGCUAUCACGUGCGUCCAGGAGUUGCCUAGGGAUCCAUACCACGUUGCGUUUGCUGAGCAGACGGUUUAUACGGCGUUAGAAGGCAAGACAAGCGAGCGCGAGCAUGCAGUGGAUUUGCUUGUGACGUUGUAUGAUCGUACUGUGGUCGAUGCAAAUUCUAUCCAGUCUGCUCUGGUGAAUGCCAUGGAGUUUUUGGAAGAUAUGAAGAUCGACUUGCCGCUCAUUCACCAGUACUCAGCGCUGAUCUACGGCCGACUAGUCGCUGCAGGCUGUUUCGGUUUGUCGUGGAUAAUUUCUGGAGCCCUGGCUCAUUGUGUGGAAUGCAAGCUUGCUUCACAAGUCUUUCCUGAGGUACUGUCCGUGCUGGAAAUGGAGAGUGACGAGGAUACGGUGAUACGGAUGCUUACAGACGAGGAAGUGACACCGGAAAGCGUGUUGCCUGCGGCGAUGAGAACGAAUGAGGCAGACGUUAAAGCCUAUCUCCGUGAAAGUGGUAUGGACGUUUUUUUCGGUGGUGAUUCUGACGCGGAGAGUGAACUUGACCCUGAGAUUGCAGGGAAGAUGCGCAGAACGCUGGAAGAAUACUUAGCUGUCAAGGACUUCAAUGAGAUGGUACAGUGCGUUGAAGAGUUUGACGCCAUUGCUGAUCGCUGGCGGCACUUUGUGCACAUAAUGCUAGUGUUCAGUCUCGAAGCGAAGCAGUCUGUACGCAAGGAUGUGGCCGAAUCAUUGGUUCAACUAUUCGAUGAGGGGAAGGUCGCAUCGGACGAUAUCGAGGCUGGCGUAGAGAGCACCCUGGACGAUUACGAUGACUUGCUCGUUGACAUUCCCCGUCUUGCUUUUAACUUGAGUGAGCUUUAUCAGCCAAUGUUUCUCAAGAACGUCCUAUCAGUCCGCUGGUUGGGUGAGGCAUGCUCUCGCCUGGUAGAAAGCGGUCACGCAGCAGAUGUGCUUGACGCUCUAUUGUCUGCAUUUGACGAUCCUGACGCUUUGGUUGCAUGGUGGAAAACGCAGUCGGACGUUGAUACAAUUUGGACGCAACUGUCACCGCUUGAUGAGCGACUAGUGAAAUGGAAGGCACGACUCCAAUAA